UUGCCGUCCGGUUCGGCGAGUCAUGCCUUUCCUUCCGGUCCGAUGCAGACCGCCGUUUCAGUAUCUGCGGGAUCGACGGUGAAGAUGGUAGAUGAAGCUGGUGACAGGGACGAAUCCUCUAAUGUUGCCAUCAUCAGGGAAGUGUACGACAGUGAAAAUGCCCACGAGACAUUUGAGUAUGAAUUAGAGAGAGCACUAGAAUCGGAAUGCAGUUUAAUUGUUAUCGAACCGUCGAAAUUAGGUGAUGAAACCUCCAGAUGGAUAGCGGUAGGAAAUUGUCUUCACAAGACUGCCGCGCUGUCGGGUCUUGCUGCGAUCGUCACAGGAUUAGUCUGGGGCGAUCGGCCGUACAUCUGUGGUCCACUAGGUUUUACGUCGGUCAUAACCUGCGGAUUAUAUACGGUCUCCUGGCAAUUUGAUCCCUGCUGCCAGUACCAAGUAGAAACUGAUACCAGCAAAUUACCGCACGUUGAGCUAUUAGCUGUUCUAGGUCCGUCGUCCCCGACGUUUCUCGUAAGGAAAGAUGAUAGUAGGAGACGAAUUCUUCACACAACUAUUACAUUGGCAGCCCUCGGCAUUACUGCCUGGAGACUGUACCAGGCGUUCAAGUGAAAGAAAUUUAUUACCUGGCACCGGUUUUGACUUAAGCCAGAAUGAAACGAUAAGGUAGGCCACAUGAUGUCGAGUUUCAUAGUAGUAGGCCUACAGCAAAUUCCUUGAACCUGAAAGGAAAGUACGAACUUAUUCCCAUGCCGUGUUAUAUAUCGUAACGCAAAGUAUUCUCUCAUUUUGACUUAUAACACUUUUUGAUACUACCUCGCAGGUGAAUGCUGCUUAUGUGAUGACUAAGCCACACAUAAAUACAAAAGAGCCAGAUUUUAUCCGAGUUUUUACAUUGGCAUGUAAUUUGAGAUUUGUUAUUCUUUGUAAUCUUGACAAAAUUUUCAAAAGUAACUAUUGUAAAAUUGGAAAUACCAUAUACGUGCAGUCUCUAUAAUGAAGAAAAAGAAAUAUUGACAUAAGUGUUCUUAGAAUGAUUAAAUUUACAAUGGUACAUAAGGAUUUAGCAUUAUGUAUUUUUAGACUGUAAAUAAAAUAGGUAAAGAGAGAAUACAAUAUGUAUGACAUGUCAAAGGGUAUGUUGCCUAGAUUUUCUCACCCAACAGAACAAUCUAUGUUAAACUAGUAUGAUAUCAGAAAGAUAUGCUGACCAUAAAAACUCAAUGUAAUUUUAGAUUUUAUUUUAUUAAUCAUAAAUAUAUAGAAUAAGAUACUUUUUUCAUCACAAAUGCGUGUAAACUCAUUUGCAUCAAUCCCGUCAGAUAGAAGUUGGCGUCGCAAACAUUCCUAUAAAUGUUUAACGUUAACAAAAAUUAAAAUCCUGUACAUUAUACUACGUGAAAUCUUUUCGCGUGGUAUAAAAUUUAUGGUCACAUGAAUGAAAUGUUCACUCGUUUGUAUGUACGUCGACACAGGGGCUCAAAAGGUGAAACAGUGUACAUAAUUCUGAACAUGCUGUAGAAAUUACAAACCAAGCUUAUAGGAUGAUGACAGAUAUACUUUAUUAUAUUUUCAAAUAUCGUUAUAUCGUUAUACAAUGAGUAUAGCACAAAGUUUGAGCAAAUAACAUCUGGAAAUCCAUACAUUUGGAUUUCGUUCUAAAAAAAUUCUAUUUUAUACAUGAAGCGCGAGAACUUGCUGAACAUAUUUCUAUUAAAGACUCGUUUCUCCAAAUAUAUUAGAUUAAAGAAUUACAUGUAAUACUACAAAAGAAAGUCCACUGCACAGAACAAGCUAACUGUUGCUAGAACAGAAAAUGCAGUCAAGUUUUAUUUCAAGUACGUUGAAUUUUUUUCAGUAUACCUCAAGUGUUGUAGUUGCAUUCUAUAUUUAUGUACAAUGUAACUACAUACCAGAACCGAUUAUAUGGUCAUUACAUCAAUAUUGUGUAGUGAUUGAUAUAAACAUGUAACCGCUCGAUGUUACGUUUAAUAUAUCACAUUUAAUUAUAUUUUAUAUUAUAUGAAUUUUUAUCGUGUUUCUUUACACAAUCUAUUUCGUUAGAUUAAAGUGAAGAAUAGAAAUAAUAUAACUUAGAAAGGCAUAUGAAAAUGUGAUCAAUAUACGGGAAUAUAAUAUUAGAGUGGCUAAAUCUAUCAUGACAAUUCAGAUUUUAUUAUGGUAGACAUAUUUUUCAGGUCUUAUUGAAAUUGUUAUAUUUUAAGUAAGUUUGUACCGCUUAAAUCGAGAAAAUUAAAUGAAAUGUUAACAAAAUAAAAGAAAUGAUAAUUUUAGUAACACAUUGAAUAGUACUAUAAAUAGAUGUGCUAUCUAUCACUCUUGUGAAAAAAAUUAUAUAUUUUUAUCAUAAAUAUAUUUGAAUAUAUAUAUGCAAUAUUUUGUCUUUAAAUUAUUGUCUUACUGUUUUACAAACAUAACUGUUUUACACAACAUAACUAUUAAAUGAUUAUGUAUAAUUUAGACCUUUAUCACAUGAUGUAAAAUAUUUAAAUUUUUCUUAAUUUUAUGAACUUUAUAUCAAGAGAUAGACAGCACACUCAACAUCUAAACAUUUCGGCGCAGUUUUAAUUAAAAUUUCAUAAUAAUAAAGUGUACAUAAUGUAAAGAUACUCCACUAGUCAGAGAGUGGCUACAAUACAAAUAAAAUAUACUUUUGA